UAUAAGUCAGAGGGCAAGAGCAUCGAAGUAUUGGUGAGUACAAGGCAUUUCAUUUGAUGAGCAAAUUUAUAUAAAAUAUAUAUGUAACUUUCAGUUUACAGCUCAUUAAUUGACCCUUACUUGACUUAUGGUAUUUGUGGUUGGGGAAACUGUACCUCGGACAUUUCAAAGAAAGAUCGUAACUCUACAAAAACGGGCCUUACGUCUCAUUUACUUCAGUAAGUCUAAGGAACACACCGUACCCUCUUUUCCAAAUCAAAUUGCCUUCCACUGCCUUGCCUAUUUUUCAGAGAUUGUAGCUAUUUACCGUAUGAUAUCAACAGACAGGCAGCACCAGUUAGUAUACUCAAUCAGUUCGUUAAAACAAGUCAGAUUCAUAACUACAGAACAAGAUCUGUCUUUAGCGACUCGUUUUAUGAUAAGCUCUCUAGAACCGAUAAAAUGUAUGCCUUUUUCACGAUGAUCGGUGCCUAAAUUUGGAAUUCUAUUCCUUAUUCGAUUAACAUACUUAAAAGUUCGUCCAUUCGUAAAAAAAUAAAGGAAUUAUUACUAAAUUUCUUGCGGUCAGAGAAUGAUUAUGUCGAAGUCUCCCGUCUUAUUAAGUUAUUUAAUACUUUAGGUUAGCCUCUCUUCGUAAUCGUUAUGUACUUGCCUUGUUUUAUGUUAGUUUAAAUUCUAUUUACUGUAUAGUAGUGUCUUCACUGUUAUUUAGUCCAUCUAUAUAUAAAUCUUGUUUUGUAAUAUGUCUUCAGCUCCCCCCGCCUCGAUUAGUUUAUAAGCUAUUUGCGGGUGGGAGAGUAAUGUAAUUAGUUAUUUUCCAAUUUUCAAUAAAAUUUGUUGUCGUGGUUGUUGUUUGUAUGAGAUUUGCGAAAUAUUUAAUCGCUCAGAAAGUUAAGUUAUACACAGAGGAACUGAGUUAGCGACGAAUCUUGCAAAUCUUUAUAUUACAAAGUUCUCUCUUUCUCAAAGGUACCAUGGCUACUCUUUUUGAAAUGGUGGAAGUAAUUUUAGAAGAAACGGUUGAAGCAAGUGUUGCAAAAGCUAUGGAAGAAGGUGCAGAAACCGAAGUCAUACAAGCGGCCCUUGCUGAAGUUAUCAACAAUGAGAACGUUAACGUUGAAGUUGAAACUGAGGUAAAGCAAAAAAUUAAUUCGCUUUUGUUUGUCUUUUGAAAAGCGAAGUUUUGAAGCAAAAUGAUUCGUACAGAGAGCUUCUAUGAAGACAAAGAAUUUCCAGGAAAGUUUUUCCGCCAGGCUUUAUUAGAAGUUACAUUUAUUGCUCAUACAAGUAGCCUUGCUAUGAUGAAAUCAGUCGGUCUUUGUGACUCUUUCGGGACUCAAUAUUUCAUUCAAAUGAGAUGCUUAUUGUGGACUGCCUCACAGUGAAAUUGCUCGUUGUAACCUCCUUAUUAAAGGCAACCCAAUACAAAAAGUAUACCAAAGGACGUUAACUGUGCUCAUACAUCACUGAACUGAACCAAUAUUCUAUCAGCUUUUUGGUUUCCAGUAACACAUACUUAAUUUUGCAUUUACUAAUCGAAUGGAUGUCUUUUAAAGGCAUGCAGCACGCUAAUCUUAUGCUAGUAUAUCUUAUAUAAUAAUAAUAAUAAUAAUAAUAAUAAUAAUAAUAAUGAUAAUAAUGCCACUGAACAGUUUUCAGGACCAAUUUCUCAAGUGAGGGUGGAGGAAAGUGUUCACAUCAACUGCAACCUUCCGGCUUCAAGAUCUUUGAAGGAAAGUAACAACUCUUUCUAGGUGGACGACGUCGAGACCAUGAGUGUCCAUAACAGCGAGAGUCCGUAAUAAUGAGAGUUUGUUGGAAUUCUGCUAUUCGUAUUAUCGGGUUGUCCAUAAAAGUAAGGUGUCCUUCAGGCGAAAGUUGAUUGUAGAAGCAAAAUAUUUUGAAAGUUUUACUAGUAGCACGGGUAACGAAGAAAUAUUGUAAAGGCUUGACAACCCUGACUCACGCCUUCUACCAAAGUGUUUAUAGCUUUUAAUUCGCAGAGUUUUAGAGACUUUCCUCUUUUGUGCGAUAUUAUUGGAGGUUCUUGGUAGAUCUGUCUUAGAAGAGUUUGGUUCUCUCCAGUGUUUCAUAAGAAUGUUUUUAAGGGGUAGGGACUGAUAGUUGACAUUGCGGGACAAAGGCAAAAUGGUUUUUUCUCUUGAAAGGUUUUAGUUGACGUGCCUCUUUCCUGUUUUCAAAGUGUAUUUCAGAGAGAUAGAGAGAAAGAUUUAUUAAAUUCUGUGGAUAUCUUCUCUCUCCAAGGUGCUUUUGAAAUUCCUUUAGUCUUUUCUGAAAACUUUCUUUUGAGAAAUUUGUUCUGGGCAGCCGGAGAGCGUCCCUUUGAUAAAGCCUCUCUUUACCCAUAACGGAAUUGUGUAUAACGAAAUGCUUCGCUUGGCGUAAAAUGUGUUCCUACGCCGAGCAUUGACGUACUGUUUCUAAGUUUGUCAUCAAGAUACUUACAAAAGAAACAGCGACCUUUGUUCCCAUCGCUGUCCCAUGUGUUUGAUGAUCGUUUUUUCGAUUUCAAAAAUUGGAAUGAAUUUUCCUCCUAGAGGACUAAUGUGACCGCUCGUUAAAGUGACUGUGAAGGAAUCUGUCUAUCGAUCUGUGAAGUGGAAAUCAUUGUUGUGAUUGUGGCCGUAUCACAGGCAGCUUUGAUAUAAAUGCUCGUCUUUAUCAUCGUCAUCAUAAAGCAUCCUCAAUAAUAAUGACAAUACACUGUCAUUAUUGUUAUUGUUAUUGUUAUUGUUAUCGUUAUCGUUAUCGGUAUCGUUAUCGUUAUCGUUAUCGUUAUCGUUAUCGUUAUCGUUAUCGUUAUCGUUAUCGUUAUCGUUAUCGUUAUCGUUAUCGUUAUCGUUAUCGUUAUCGUUAUCGUUAUCGUUAUCGUUAUCGUUAUUGUUAUUGUUAUUGUUAUAAUAAUGAUAAUUAUUUGGUUGUCGAAACGUCAGUCGCUUUCAACAACAACAGUCCUAUCCAGGACUACGUUCACCCCGACGAUCAAAGUCAAUCUACUUUUGAAAUGACUCCUGGGUUCAAACCUUUCACAUUACUUUUAUCAUUAUUAUUACUAUUAUUAUUAUUAUUAUUAUUAUUUUAUUUUUAUUUUAUUUUUUGUUGUUGUUGUUCAACAGAAAGGUCUAGUUCGUUUUGAAAUGAUUCCGCAUUCCAGAUUCUACUUCUUUUCGGAUUCCGGCAUUCCGAAUUCCAUGUUUUAGGCAAACGGCUUUUGACGACUGAAUAUACCAUUUUCGAUAUAUACAAUUCAUAAUUGGCUCCGAGGCUUGGGGUAGUAAAACAAAAGAAAUGUAUUAUUCAUUGCUGAGCCUCAAGAUUAUUUCUUUUGUUUUAUUCUCCCAAGCCUCGCAGCCAAGUAUAUAUCGGAAUUGGUCUAUUUAAGAACUGUUAAAUGUUCGACGGUAGCCUCGUGUUUAAAUCAAAGUGCAUUGUCUUGUCUUGGGCGUCACAGACUGCCGCAACGAAUACGAAAGGACUUGGGCCUCAGAACGCUUCUUUUGGCUUUGUUCAAUUUAUUUAGGAGCUAGCACAAGGCGCAAUUGAGGGAGAAAUUCAAGCACAAGUUGAGGAAAACGUCGAGUGUGCGGUAGAGAACGAGGUGGAAAAUGCUGUUGAGGAGGCGGGAGAAGGCUUCUGGCGCAACAUGAUGAGAGACAAAGUUCUCCCAGGUCAGCAACGUUUACAAACAACACUAAGGCCCUCAUUUUCCGCAAGCAGGGAUAGUCUAACGAGAGAGAUAAGCGAGAGUGGGUGACUACCGGGUUGGAGGGGGGAGAAGGGUGUAUUGGGACAGAAAUUGUUAAGUUCGCUACCCUUUUUAAGACAAAAGUCUAAUCACAUGAUCCUUCAUUUCGUUUCGCACACAGAAGUACGUACUUUUUAAACUAACAUCAUGUAUUUAGAUUUUUUAAAAAAAAAAACCUUCUCGGUACCACUCAUGAAGACCGCCUACCACUAACCUUCAAAGUCUUUUCAAGGCUGCCGGUUCAAACAGACACCCUGUUCAAGUAGCACAAAUAAGGGAGUCUCCCCGGGGGAUGAAAAUCACUACCCGCGAGGAAAGACGACACGCGGCAGUGAAAAAUGAUAGUUUUCGUGCGCGCUCGCGUAUUAUCUGAACAAAAAUAAAAGACUCAUUAGGGCAGUGGUAAUAAAACAAGCUAACAAGCGCUGUGAUGACACGGUGCUUGAAAAUUGCUCUACACGGUUUUUCCAGUUGUUAUUGCAGGCAUUAUUAAUGGGCUGGUAAUAGAAGGAAUAUCAAGAGCUAUCGAUGCGUCAAAGGCUACUAAAGGUGAAGGAAGUCCCAACGAAAACACGGAAAGUAAGUACUGAAGCGUUUUGUAAAAUUAUGCUCUGAAAGCCUUACGUGUAUGCCAACAAAAUGAGCACGGACAGGAGCGCAGAGAAUGGCUGAAAAGUUAUAUAAGUAAGUGGAAUAUGAUCGUCCGGUUGAGUAUUACAUUGUCCUGAUAGGAUUCUUUUAAUGUUGUUCUGGACGGUGAAUAACAUUUCGACAAUAUGUGCGAAAGUCGCUUUCACUUGAAAUACUAGUUUUCAGUUAUAGGAAAAACAAAAAAAUAAAGCCAGAAAACGUUUUUUGUUUAUUAGUGGCCUAGUGGUCUGCAUAACUUUUGAUCUUAUCAACAGUAUUUCAAAGGGGCAGAUGGAGCUGAUCUUAUUAUAAAUAUAUUUUAAAAUUUAAAGCUGAAUUACCUUUGAACUCAGUGUAGUUAUUAUUUUUGACCCUCAAUACUUUGUCCUCAGAGGAACAAGUAGCUGCCUCUAAAGUGCUGAGGACCGUAGAGGGGGUCAGCAAAUGCUGGAAGACAAAACUUGAAGAGUAUCAAAAGAGUGGUACAGAAUUGGGUACAUUCUUGUACAAGGGAGUCGAUGAGAGUGUUGGUAAAACUUUGGGAGUUCUUGUCAGCAGCAUGAAAACGGUACGUAGUCUACAGACUUUGCAAGGUUUGAUCAUAAAAAGUGUCUGUGCAAGCUGCAAGCGUGAAGUCCUAUAGUUUGGGGGUUUCUAUUUUGUCUUAUGCUCACAUUUGGCAGAUCUCAGAACAAAAAAUCAACUGAUAGCUGGGUAAUUGGCUGACAUGUUUACUUAUAGCCAUUUUAGUAAUAAAUCGUCAAAACUAUCAUGACCCUACUGAACUGAUAACUAAUGGGGUAUUUACAUGAGGCUGGACUUACUCAGAUCGGCUGAAGGUCGUAUCGGUCGCUGAUCCGACACGAGUUACUUUCGUACUGCUCUGAGGACGUACCGUUCUCUUGUAAAACCGGAAAGACCGGGUCCCUGAUAAUAAUAAUAAUAAUAAUAAUAAUAAUAACAACAACAAUAAUAAAAAUAAAAUACAUAACAAACGUUACAGAGAGUAAAAGUAUACAAAUCAUGAAAAUCGCACAGAUCAUUCACAAUCAUUAUGUAAAACCUGAUAAAACAUUGGAUAUCUAUACUGUUAAAUUGCCAAGUUGCAUUGAAACCUUAUUCUAUUAAAAUAGCAACUCUUAAAACGUUCUGUAUUAAUCCGUGACUUGUUUGUGAUCUUAACUUCUUGGAUGACUCUUUGACUUUCGGCAAAAGGGCAUAUAAUGGGUGGUUAACAUUGUUCUUAAUUUUGGUGAACAACCUGCGGUCACACUUCUCUAAAAAGUCAAAGAUAUUAAUUAACUAACAAGUGUAACGUCGCUUAUUGCACCUUUUUAAAAAACAUUGUAUGGUGUUUAAAUCUACGUGGCUGGCUCCAUAUACUGGAAGUGCGUAGGUGAACUUUGGCAGAACAAUAGCCUUAAAGAGAUGAUCUAUCCCUACCUGCGUGUAUCCAUCGUUUCUUAGUGAUCUUAAAAUGUUUAAACACUUGUUUGCUUCCCGAAGCUUUCCCUUAACAUGAGAUGAAAACUUAUAGUCGUUUUGUAAUGUGACACCUAAUAGAGUAAAACUGUCACUCUGUUCUAUACCACAUAGUGGGGGAAAAUUAGGUGUGACACCUUUUUAAGUUAUACAGAGGUCUUUGCUUUUGCUUGUGAUUAACCUCUGUCCACUCCAAAAAUACAUUUAGUGCCUUUUGUGAUUCAUCUACACUAUUCUUACGCACAGUCAAAAGAAUAGAAGUGUCGUCUGCAUACUUAGUAAGAUCGCUAUCCUGGCAGUACUGAGCGACGUCGAGAUCGUUUAAGAACAGGUUAAACAAAUACGGGCCGCUGACGCUUCCCUGCUAUGAUCAGUACUAUGGCGGCGGGAAUUACGACUCAACCCAACUCUUUUGCCUCGGUAGCGUAGUAAGCCAGCAUUUUUGAGUUCGCCUAGAAUGGAAGUUCUGAAGGUGGUUUUGGAACGACCACGCAACUUGAAUAAACCUGAUCUUGAGUAUCGCAAACAUGUUCCCGGCAAAGAUGGCGGCUCGGAGAGGUUCACUGUAGGCAAGGUUUCGGCGUUUCCAUAUCAGGCCCUGGAUUCCUAGCCACAUCCAUACACACGGUAAUAUCGAACACAGGUUCAAAAUCAGGAGCCGCUAAGCACAUGUACCCAUGUUUUGACCAAGCAAGAAAUCCACGGUGAAGAUGGAUUGACUUCGGCGCUAGCCGACUCCUAUCGGUGGAAGUGAUAAGUUGGAAUGAAAUCGGCCAGUCAGCAUGAUUUCUUCCUUUCCAAAUCACGAGGUUACGUGCAUUAGAUGAAUAAUAAAAAUCAUGACUAUACAGAGCAAGAUAAGGAACGAUACAGUGAAAGCAAAAAGCGAAAACUCGGUGAGCAUUAAUAAAGCAUGUGGCCGCCAUGAUAGGCGCCUGGUGGAUUUCUUUGUAUCUCUAUCAUUUUUGCUGUUUCCAAGCAAAAAUAGCAACACUAAUACGGAUUACAUCAGUAACCAAGACUGUAGUUUCAAUCAAAUAUAUUAUGCUUGGGAUAAUGUGAGGGAUUGAACCAUUUUGUCCGGAGAUACUGUACAGUAAACUUAAACAGGACAGCAGAUAUGUGCAUUAUAUUUUUCUGAGGGCAGUAAACUCUAAGGUUGUGUAUUGGCGUAAAUGGUGACCCAGUUAGUGCAUAAUGGAAUUUUCAAAGUCAUAUAGCUCCAAAAAUCUGCAGUUUUUUGAGUUCGUACUGGUGUCAUGUAAUCGACUAAGCAUUUCGUCCCAGUCUGACUCAUGUAUACGGCUGCAAACAUUACAAAUUCGUACCGGUCUGAGUUCGUCGCGUCUCUUGUAAAUACGCUCUUAAUUUCCGAGCUCCCCAAGACAGACCUUUUGCUUGUAAUGAGGAUUAGUUCAAACCCUUAUCUUCUGUUUAGUAUUUUUGUGACUGAGUAAAAAAUUGUUUGUCUCGCUUGGUAUGGUACUUUUUUCUUUAGUGUUCAGUGAAAAUGUCGUUAAAACUGACCAAAUUUUCACUUACACUACUUCAGAGAAAAACGUGGAGUUCAAGCCAAACAUGAUUGUUUUACUGAUAAUACAGCAUCUUUUUCCACAGGAACUUGAAUCGGCUAAUGACAUAGCCGUAAAGAGUACGGCUCACAAGACUUGGAACCAAGACAUAGAAGAGUUUAAAUGGCGCGUAGCAGAAGCUUGCGAAUGUCUUCUAGCUGUCUUUGAGGUUAAGAAAACGGCUGCAAACUUACAAAAAUUAGGUUUUCCUCCGGAUUCCGACAAGAAAGCACUAGAAACUGUCCUUGAAGAACAAAUGCCUAACUACAAGGCUAUCAUUAAAGCUGAGGUGAGACAAACACUUUGGCAUGGCCACAUGGAACUAAUAAAAAAUUAUGUCUAAUGAGAAACAUUUGCUACUAAGAGACGUGAGAGCUUACUACUCAUGAUAAUGGUCACAAAAUACGGACCAAAGUCCCAUCCUUCUAUAAAAUGAGAUCUGUAUAACACUAGCUGCAAUAUAUAACUUUCUGGCAAUUUUAUUCAUAAUAAUAGUAGAAUACCUAAGCCCUUUAGUUUUGUUGCGGAAAAUAAAAGUAAAGAGCUCGAUCAACAGAACUAAGUUGAACUUUUGCCGCCCAUUAUCAUCAAUGCUAGUGAACAGAACAUUUCUGUUGCCUGCUUUGCUGAGAUUAUUCGUUGUUCAAGGAAGGUGAAUUCAAUAAUCCCAUCACGCCCUAGGAAGGAUAAUUUGACAUGGCGUUAUUUAAACAGGCAAAACUUUUAAAAAGACACACAAACCUUUGAACAGCACACGAGUCUACUUCAAUUAUGACAUACAAACAUAGGUUAAUUGGAUAACCGCGGGAGGUUUUUACAGAAGUAAGCAAUAUGUUUCUUCCUAGAAUCGUUCUUUUGUUUUCUGUAUCGAAAAAUAUCUAUCGCAUGAAUACUGGGCUAUAAUUACAGUGUUUAUUAUCAUUAUCAUUAUUUUCAAAUCGUCACGAUACGUUUUUAUGGUCGUAACUCUGUUUAUAUGUGCCGCUCAGGAGGGUUAAAUCUAUAAAAAAAAAAAAAUAGCCAAUUAGAAGGAUCUCAAUUUCUUCUACGCCUCAGCCAGAAAUAUGGCGAUUUUUAUUUCCUCUGGUAGUUAUUAAGCUUGACAAUUAAAGGCUUUUGAGACACGCCUAUGAUUGAGCUGUCCAGUGGCCCCUCAGCAAACCGGGUUCCGGCUCAUAACUGGCAAGGCUGCUUAUCUUACGGAGCCUAGAGAGGUCAAAACUGGCAGGAAAAAGAAAAUCACUUCUCAGACUUGUCGGUAAAUUAAAGACGAUCUCUGUGCAAUUUUCGCAACUUGUAGUGAUCUUAACAUUUGAUUUCAUUCAAAAGGUCUCGAGACACCUCCAGGCUGCGGUUGGCGGUGUUGCCCGAGACAACGCAUCAAAAGCUGUCAAAGCUUUGAUCUGUGAACCACUCACAACGAAAAUCAAGGCUGGUUUUAACGCUGAUGUACGUCCUGACGUAAUAAAGGAGGCUAAGAAAGCAGCCAAAGCUGAGGCGACUGCUGUUAUAAACAGCAAAAUGGCAGACAUUAACAAACAUGCGGCGAUUCCAGUAUAUGGCAUUGUCACUCUGAAAUCAUGGAUGGAGAAAAAUGUGGAACCUGUUGCAAUUAAAGCAGCAACUACCAAAGGUACGUCUUGAGAUCAUGUCCGAACAAGAAAGGGGUAUGGAGUAAUAUCGAUGCAACACCCUUUUUUCUCUCUAAUUCUUUCAAAAGGAUUUGACUGCAGAAUCUCUUCUCUCCAAUACCAUUCGUAUUUCUCCUAAUUCAUACUGGCAAACGUCGGUGACAGUCAGCCUUCUAUGGCCAUUUUGAAGGGAAAACCGGUAUAAAACAGCACCAAAAUCAACACAAUCAACUUAACUUUAUUUUUUCUUGUUAAUUUCAAGCUACCAUAACUUGGCAAAACCGGCGCUUUAUUUCUAAUACUCUCACAGCGCUAAACAGCAUUAUCUACCCAAGAACAAGAAGUCCAACGACUACUGCAAAGCUGAUUUAAAACAACGUAUAUUGUUUUUUAUAACAAUAUUUCGGCUGGCCAUACCAGCCUUCUUCAGGUUUACAGAUGUUACUGAACUUAUGUAGCAAUCACAAUAUUAUAUAAAUGGAGAAUGUCGUAAUAAAAGGGAGAGGAGGAAAUGACGUACAACAUAAAAACUGGGAAGGAAAAAUACUAAGGAUAUGGAUUACAAUAAUCCGUCGCGGCGGUUUAGGCCAUGAGGUUCAAGAGUCAUGGCCUUGUCUAUCAAAUGCGACUCCCUGGCCUUACGAACUGAGUCACGUGAAGAAUGAAUUUUCUCUAGUGGGAUUAACUGCAUGCCAGUAUGAGAAUGGUUAGAGUGAGAGAGAAAGUGUUCAGAAACAGUAGUGGGUUUAGAUUUAAUGUUAGUUUUGUCGACUGCACGUCUGUGUUCGUUAAAUCUGUCCUAGAGACGUCGCUUAGUUUCACCUAUAUAUUGUAAAUUACAACGGUUACAUUGAACCAUGUAGAUCACAUUUUUAGUGUUACAAGUAAUGUGUGAAGUGAUGGAGCGUGUUUCACCUGUAGCGUAAAAGGUAUAACUUGUGAGGCCGUUAGUAAUGUAUGGACAAGUGGCACAAUUCUGUCCACAACGGAAGGAGCCUGGGGAAAAUGAUUGGUGGAGAUAACGGGUAGUUGUGCUUUAUCUACCCCUAUUUUUUAUAUAAGUAUCCUUCUAAUUUUAUUGUUUUCCAUGUUAAAGUAGUCACCGGGUCCUUUAAACUUUUCAUUAUGAAGUUAUUUAGUCAGUUGGUGUUGAAACUCAAACUGUGACGUCGCUGAUUUGUUCCCAGAGCACAGCCAUAAAAACAGACUCGUACCCAGACCUAAGAUUAAGAUGAAGUAUAUCUAAUCUCUAAUGAAUCAACUGAACUAUAGAUAGAUAGAUAGAUAGAUAGUUUAUUAAAAUAUCGAACAUGGCAGUCCGUAGACUGAAUUGCGUUACAAUUACUUAAAACUAAGAUUAAAUAAAUUCCAAAAUAAUAAAUACUAAUUGAAAUUAUAACAAAAAACAUUUCUAUAGAAAUGCGAAAAACUCUCUAUAUAUAACUAGGUACAAACUAGUCCAAAAAAUUAUGUACAAUAAAAGUGUUCUUAAAACGAUUUGUAUGUGUGCGGGGCAUGGCAUAAGCCCUGGACUGUCUUAGAUUAUGUCUGUGUUCUCUCUUAGGAGGUAAGACAGGCACAAGUUUGUGAUCCGGGCAUGACGUGAUAGACUCGAAAAGCUUGCUACACAGGGCCACGUGUCUAGCGUGCAAGGUUACUAAAUCGAACCUGACCAAACAUUCUGAACACGACGCAUAAGGACAAAUGAUGGAGAGCGCUCUCUUUUGCACUCAUUCGAUUUCGUCACUAAGAUACUGUGGAAGCGCAUGAUGGAAAAGUGGCGCACAGUACUCUAAAACAGGUCUUAUCACGGUGAGGUAAAAAUUUACAAUGUCGCACAGUGGAACGUUGGCGCGCUUUAGAAGAACAAUAAAAUAAAGGCACUUGUUCGCCUGCACUAUAUGGCAAAGAGGUUUCUCGCAACGCGUGAUAGGUCCCAAAUUAGCAGCGUGAUAUUGCCGGCGAUACGUGAUCGGGCCCUAAUUAGCCGCGUGAAAUGUGAUUGGGCAAACGGCAGAGUGAUGAGUGAUUUACCAUUUUCAUACGGCGUGACGCGUGAUUUUCCCUUGGAUUUCCGUGAUAGGUGAAAAUCGUUUGAAAGUAGAAGCAGAGACAAUAAAAACAGAUAGUCAUUACAUCUUUCUCCGGUCCGUUCUCAAGCUCGCUAGUCUCCUCUCAAAAUCGCCUGUAUUAUGACUUCUGCUCUCUGAUCAAUAAAUACUGAUUGAUAUAAUUAAUAUUUUAAUAUCAUAGGUGACGAAUUACUCCGUAAUUUUGGCGCGAAAUUUCAGCGUUAAUUUGUAAUUUCGUGAAAUUACAAAAUUGCCAUGGCAACCUUCCGUACGUCUCAGUGUCAAGAUGGCGACGAAGUUUUAAAAUGCCGUGAAUGAAGAUGUCAGGGCACAAAAAGACACUUUAGAAAACCUGAACACACAAGAGAACGUCAAGAAGGAUUCUAUUAGGUAUUUUGCCAAAAUAGUCUGAAAAAUUCUGAACUUUAUAAGCCAAAUUUAAGGUCUAAACAUUUGAGAGAGUGGAGUUCUCAAUCGAUACGAUCCAGGAUAAACACGUCAAAAAUCCAACAUUGCUAACGUAAUUCGUCACCCAUGAUAUUAAUAGGUAAUCAAACGGUAUACUCGUGAAAUUAGGGAAUAAUUGUCCAAAUCUCCCUCGCCUAAAGGCUCAGGACAUUAUUAGGAUUUGACAAAACGCGCGUGAAAUUAUUCCCUAAUUUCACUCGUCACCAUGCCAUUUGAUUACACAUACGAACAACCCAGCUCGAGACACCGCACUUCCGAGAAUGGCGCAGUUGUACUUUUGAGGUCAUUCAAUUAACUAUUAACGCGCGAUCCUAAAUAAAAAGGACGCUGAAAACAAUUUCUUGGAGCUGAUUUUUUCCAAUAGGUUGAGAUGCGUGAUGGCUAUUUUUUUUCCUUUGAUGCCAGUAGUAGCCUAAAAAAAGUCCGCGUAAUGCGUGAUGGGUUCCCCCCCCCCUCCCACCCCUUUGCCAUCCUGCUACGGGGGGGGGGGUGGAUUGUAUCACAACCUAUAUCAUGCAUAUUAUGAAACCAUCACGUUGGAGAGCAAAAGUUAAAAGGUUUAUAAUUUUUCUGAGAAUAUUCCCUAACCUGUGUGAUCAGACAUGUUUUUCCCUAAUCAUGUGAUGACGCAUUUGAGCAGAGAACUGGCUCACCUGAAAAGGUUCCAAAUUGUAUUAUAUCUUGAGAUAAUUACUGUUUUAGGUCAAUUCUAGUGCUGAAGUCAUUACUUAGUUCCUUUACCCAUUCACAAAAUGCUUCCUUAAGGCGGUAAAGAAGAUAUUAAACAAAUUUCAUCAGAAAGUACUUAUUGAGAUCAUUUUUGGAGGAUGAAUUUUUCCGGCAUAGCAUUAAAACUUAAAAAACUUAGCCCAGCAUUCUCAAGUUUCAGUCAAUUUCGAUCCGUUGCAAGAGACGACAGGAAACUGUUUUUUUAAUGCCUAAAUAUGACACAGCCUCUUUAAUUUUUAUGUCAAAUGUAUUUCCUAGUCACGUAAUUGUCACUUAUCUUUCGUCAUUCUUCCGUUUUGUUUAGCUAAAGAGGCCGCUAAUGCUUUCCUUCAGCUUCCGCCGGCACAGAUGAAAAUGAUGAAAAUAUCCCAGACUGCAAGAGAGGAAGUGAUGGAAGAAUACCAAGCCCAGAUUAAACAAAGUGUCGAAAAAGCAGUUGUAGAGGUUAUCAAGCAGGCUCUGAAGGACGGAAAGAAAAGCAAAACGAGUGCAGUGGAGCAAAUGUGAGAGGAUGGGAACAUUUUGCCAUAGAUAAAAUCUUUCUUUUGGUCAAAGGUUGUUAAAUUUGAAUAAA